AGGGAAAGAGUACGGCACCAACUCCCCUACAGCAAACAUCUGCCUACCUGCCUACCUGCCUGCCUGCCUGCCUGCCUCCCUCACUCUCCCCCUAUUUGUGUCACCUUCAAAAGUUUUCCACUGUACUCACCUCCCUGACCUCGUUUCGCUGUGCCUUUCCCACGUUUCCUUUCACCACUCAAAACUUAUUCAUUAAAAUUAGUCAGCAGUUCACGGUGAUUUAUCCAUCCCAGCCUACAUCUUACUACAAUGACUUCUAAAGGUCACAUUUGCCUACUCGCUCUUCUGCUGACCAUCGGGAUCGUCAGGGCGUCACAGGAGGCCGCUGAGAACAAGGAUGAGAGGGAUGAUGGAGGGCGGUUCUUCUUUUCGACUACAUCUACUGGUUCAAACGACAACUCGAGCAUCACAUUAACCCUGGGCGUGGGGGACAUCCUGCUGGCCCUGCUUGCCGUGGCGCUCAGUGUGGCUGCCGGUGUGGUCCUCGCGGGGGUGCUCCUCGGAAACCCACUGGACGGCUCCACCGGCUACACCGCCCCCACAUCCUACGGCAGCGAAGGACACACUGCUGAAAGUUCCUACGCCGUCCUGCGCUCCCUUGAAACAGCGGCCCGAAAGAACGAGUAGCCCAGCAGCAACGUGAGGAACAUCAGCCGCACCAUAACUUCCUGCCUCGCCCGCCGCUGGUCCGCCUCGCCAGACUGUCACUAGCACGCUGUCAACAUUUCCGUCUCUUGAAUCGUUUCCCUCAACCUUCUUCUUUCAUAACUUGCCUCGCUGGACACAAUUUUUGUAGUUCAAUGACAUAUCUUUCUCUUCUUAAUUUUGUUCCUCUAUUGCCACUUUGUACAGAAUCGUUCUCUUUCUUGUAAUUCUUCCUUUCUUUCCUCUUUCGCUUUUCUUAAUCAAAUAGUAACCAAACUGCAAAUAAAAUCUCAAGGCGAGGACCAGCGGCGGCCAAGGGACCAAGAGUUUGUGCGCAUGUACAAUAUUUGCACAGACCUUGACUAUAUUUAUUAUAUUUAUAUUUUUGUAUAAAUUCUAAACAUACAAAUAAAUAUUAAGGUUA